UUUCUAUAGGCUUGCAUCCAGACAUGGGAAAAUCGACAGUAACGCAGUGGCACAAUGUUUUUACGAUGAAAUGCAAGUUUUGAUUGACAGAGAUUUGAGGCCGCAGAGCACUGAAAAAAGUCAGGAAAAGCUUCGUUUGAGAUUGUACGAAGCCUAUGCUUGGGGCAUCCCGUUUAUUAUAGCAGGAAUUGCGGCGUUAUUAGACAGAACCAAAUGGACGGACAUAAGGCCCAGGUUUGCUGAAGAGACUUGCUGGUUUCCAAAUUCUGGCGAUAUCGAGAAAGUCACGUUCUUCUUCGGUCCCGUGGGUAUUCUGGUCUUCGUCAAUUUGUUGCUGUUCGGUCUCACGGCCAGAGAAUUGACUUGCGGUCUGUGGAAGAGAGAGCUGGUCAAGUCUACAACUGAAAGGGCUGCAUUAGGACGAGUUUGCAUGAAGUUAGUAGUGGUUAUGGGUGUGAAUUGGAUAUGGGAUUUGCUAUCUGUAGCUGUGGGAGGACCCAACGAAUUCUGGUAUGUGACGGACUUCAUCAACAUCUUCCAACAUGUCCAGUUGUUGCUGUUGUGUGAAGAAAAUUUCAUCUACUUUCGAUUUCAGGUACUCUCUGCCAUCAAACGUUUCUGGGGUCUCAACAAGCACAGACAGAACGGAACGGCUGGCACCACCAACCACCACUCCACCAGUUCUCAAGGGCCCCCUUCCUUGGGGGACACUUUGACGAACAGCGUGAUAACGAACGGUACGACGAAAAUAGCUCUCGAAACUAGCUGCUAGAAACCAGCACCCCUACGAACCGGAAAGCUUUAAAAACUGACUGAGAGACGGGCCCGAGGAGCCGGUCUGGCCCCAAAACGGGGCCUUGUGGAACACGUGCUGCUUGUAUAGGUAGUUAUUUAUGAUUAGCUUAAGAUACGGUGACGAGAUGAGUCUCUCAGGAGAUUUGAUGUCAUCAGUUUGCGGGACUUUAAUUCAGAUGCAGCUGGUUUGAACGGAGAUCCUUGCCUGGUACCUUUAGUGACGAUAUAUAUUUUUGAUAAAUGUAGUAGGUUACUUGUUAGAUUGGUGAAACCUAUUUUGAUAUUUGCGCCUGCAAUAAUUGUUGUUUUAAGUGAGUACCUAAGAGUAGGUGCAGUGAAAAUAUGUUUGUGAUGUUAGGUGUAACGAACUAGUGUUUUUUUAUGAAUUUGAAUGAUAAAUGUAAUUGCCAAAUUAUCGGGGAUGAUCUAUUUGACGAGAGGAAUCGAAAGAUCAUUAAAUUGAGACUGAAUUGUACGAGGGUGGUCCAAAAAGUUCCCGACCUAACUAAGAUACAAGACAUUUCUUUAGAAUGUUUUUUUUUUCAAUUUAGUCACCUUUUAACUCUACGCCCUCCUCCCAGCGAUGCUACCAUCUUUGUAACCCGUCCAAAUAGUCUUUCUUGCGUCUUUCUCUGCAAAAUUAUUGUUGACGAAGGUGAUUGCCUCUUCAUUUGACGAAAAUCUCUGCCCCCGAGCGCAAUUUUUAGAUGAGGGAACGAAAAAA